AUGAACCUGGCCAGUCAGAGCGGCGAGGCCGGCGCUGACCAGCUGCUCUUCGCCAACUUCAACCAGGACGUCACGUCCCUAGCUGUUGGUAGUAAGUCCGGUUAUAAAUUUUUCUCCCUUUCUUCUGUGGAUAAGCUGGAACAGAUCUAUGAAUGCACUGACACGGAGGACGUGUGCAUCGUGGAGAGAUUGUUCUCGAGCAGCUUGGUGGCCAUCGUCAGCCUCAAAGCUCCUCGGAAGCUAAAAGUUUGCCACUUUAAGAAAGGAACUGAGAUCUGCAACUACAGCUACUCCAACACCAUCUUGGCCGUGAAGCUCAACAGGCAGCGGCUCAUCGUGUGCCUGGAGGAGUCUCUGUACAUCCACAACAUCCGAGACAUGAAGGUGCUGCACACCAUCCGGGAGACGCCCCCGAACCCGGCCGGCCUGUGCGCGCUGUCCAUCAACAACGACAACUGCUACCUGGCCUACCCCGGCAGCGCCACCAUCGGAGAGGUGCAGGUCUUCGACACCAUCACCCUGAGAGCUGCCAACAUGAUUCCCGCUCACGACAGUCCUCUGGCCGCACUGGCUUUCGACGCCAGCGGAACCAAGCUCGCCACCGCUUCCGAGAAGGGGACCGUGAUCAGGGUGUUUUCCAUUCCAGAGGGGCAGAAGCUCUUUGAGUUCCGGAGAGGAGUGAAGAGGUGUGUGAGCAUCUGCUCGCUGGCCUUCAGCAUGGACGGCAUGUUCCUCUCCGCCUCCAGCAACACGGAGACUGUGCACAUCUUCAAACUCGAGACCGUGAAGGAAAAGCCGCAGGAGGAGCCCUCCACCUGGACCGGCUACUUGGGCAAGAUGCUCCUCAACUCCACCAGCUACCUGCCCUCCCAGGUCACAGAGAUGUUCAACCAGGGCAGGGCCUUCGCCACGGUGCGCCUGCCCUUCUGCGGCCACAAGAACAUCUGCUCCCUGACCACAAUCCAGAAGAUCCCCCGCCUGCUGGUGGGCGCGUCCGACGGGUACCUGUACAUGUACAACCUGGACCCCCAGGAGGGCGGCGAGUGCACCCUCAUGAAGCAGCACAAGUUGGAUGGCAGCAUGGAGACAACCAAUGAGAUCCUAGACUCUGCCUCUCACGACUGCCCCUUGGUGACUCAGACCUACAGCACAGCCACAGCCAAAGGCCCGCACGCGCCUGCCUCUCCCACGAGACUGGCCUACACAGAUGAGCUGGGGGCCGUGGGCGGCGCGUGCCUGGAGGAGGAAGCCAGCGCCCUGCGGCUGGAGGAAGACGGCGAGCACCCUCCCAUGAUCCUCCGGACGGACUGA